CCCUAAAGGGGAUUGGCUGAGUCUACAAGACAGGGAAAUUAGUAAAGCAUGCCAAAUGCUGGUGGCCAGAAGUACUGCUUGUGGAGCAAUUAGCUGAAGGCUGCUGUUGCUGCUGCUGCAACAGGAGAGGAAGCAGGGAGUGGGGGGGAAGGCAGAUCCUGGUGGAGUCUCUCUCUCUCCCCUUCUCUCUCAGCAGGCGCAACUUGCAAAAGGGUUUCAGAUGUCCCAGCACCGCUGCUUGACCCCCUGGAAAUAAAACUUGACCACCAGAGGCACGUCUCACCUCUCCGCUUUCUAAUCUCUACCAUUUAGGAUACAGCUUUCCAACCUGCUGGCCACGCAAAGGAGAAAGGGGAGGAAAGGACUGGGUUGAUCUCUCUCGCUCACUCACUCACUCCAGCCAACUUUUACUUUUUCACUGCAUCAUAUAUCUAUCGGGAGGAUCCAAGGAAGGAGAGAGAGAGAAAAAAAAGGACACCACUGCCUUCUCUCCUGUCCCUGAGAAGACCUGCGUUUCUGGCUGGACUUUGGUGAGAACAAGGUGCAGGAGCUCUCAAGGGAAAGGGCAAGCCUUCCUCUCCUCCCGCCCCGUCUGACCCAUCGGUUCGGAUUUUAUUAGGAUUGAUCAAAAAGAGAGAAAGCCACCUUUUAAAAAAACCCCUUUCUGCCUUUUUUUUUGGGGGGGGGCUGCUUCAAGUGUUGUCUGUUGCUCCCUCUCGCCUGUCAUCCCUUUCGCAGACUCUCCCCCCUGCCCGUUUCUCUCUCGCUCACUCGCUCUCACUCUCUGGAAGAUGAUGCAGGACAGCGUGAGGAAAGAGAGGGCGAAGUAGCCUCGCGAAGCGACGACGACAGCCUUCGCCGCCACCCCGGGAGCCGGUGUUUGGGGGUUUGUUUUUUCCGUCGUAUGAAAGGCGAAGAGGGGGGUGGGGUGGGAAGAGCCGCGAAUUGGCCACCCCGUCAGCCGCCCAGCAAGCCGUGAGGCAACCCCAGACUUGUAUUCCUUCAUACAGACAAAUAGAGUUGUCUUUCCACAAGGGACCGAAGGAAAGGUAGGGAAGGGGAGAGAAGCCGAAGGAGGACGAGGAGCCGGCCGGCCAGUCAGCCAAGCCGCCGGUUCGCUAGCCGGGGCAACGUGUUGGAGGCGGCGGCGGCGGCGGCGGCGGCGGUGAGGGGAACGCCGCCGCGCUUUCGGGAAAGCCCGGCCCCCUGAGGCAUGGAUGUCGGCGCCCUCCCGUCAGGCCAGCACGCCGCCGCGCCGAGGGCUUUGAGCAGGAGCGCACCUCACCAGCUGUCCGCGCGCCUCUCCCCGGGCUUCCCCCUUCCAGUAUGUUUCUUUUCGUGAGGCAUCUCCCCGCGCCCAGAGCUUCAGUACAAUGUGCAAAUGGAGACUGAUACAGGGUGCCUCCGCCUCUGCCCACCUGCCUUCCUCCUCCUCCUCCUCCUCUUCCUCCUCCUCUUCCUCUCGCCGGUGCCGCUGCGUCGUCCUGCUGCUGCUCUGUCUGGUGAUGUCGUCUCUGGCUGUCCCUUGCCCUGAGCGCGGCCGGGACAUGCUGCGCCUCAGAGCCACCAACUCGUCGUCGUCGUUGUCGUUGUCGGCGGCGGCGGCUGCUGCUGCUGCUUCCUCUUCCUCCUCCUCCUCCUCUUCCUCCUCUCCCGCCAGUGUGGGGAGACACGUGCGGAGCUACGAGCACCUCCGCGGAGACGUGCGCUGGAGGAAGCUCUAUUGCCACAACAAGUUCUUCCUUCGGAUCGAGAAGAACGGCAACGUCAGCGGCACCAAGAAGGACAACUGCCCCUACAGCAUAUUGGCAAUUACGUCAGUGGAAAUUGGAGUUGUAGCGGUAAAGUCCAUUAACAGCAACUAUUAUCUAGCCAUGAACAAGAACGGAAAAGUCUAUGGAUCAAAAGAGUUUAACAAUGACUGUAAACUAAAGGAGAGAAUAGAAGAAAAUGGAUACAAUACAUAUGCAUCAUUCUUUUGGAAAAAUAAUGGAAGACAAAUGUUUGUGGCUUUGAAUGGAAGAGGAGCUACACGGAAAGGACAAAAAACCAGGAGGAAAAAUACCACCGCUCAUUUUCUCCCAAUGGUAGUUGAGCCACAGAUGAAGGACCUGUUCUAUUGAUAGCAGUUGAACCAAAGAUCAUUUGUCAGGAAUACUUGGUAAUCCUCUUGAAGAGGAAAGGCAGAAACAGUGCAGACGUCUGCUUGAUUGAAAAGAGAGGGGAAGCCUUUGAAGGUUUUGUACUCUCUGCUGGCACAUGAAGUGCUUCUAAUUAGUUCUGUGUCAUAUCUUAUAAUCAAGACACAAGCUGGAUCAAAUGCAAUGGGAGUUCUUUCCAGUGUGAACAAAUUAUUAUUAUUAUUUUUUAUCUUGCUGAUAGAACUUAAAGGACAUGAGACAAUGUAUUGAAUGAUGUUCGGAGAAAGUUAUUUAUGGAAUACUAACUCAUAUCAAAGACCUUCAUUGCUCAUUCGAGCCUAAUGAUCCAAUGAACGGUUAGGCACGCAAGCAUUUACUGGAAGCACAUGGAUCAUAUGCAGAAAUGAAGAAGAUUCUGGAAUGGUCUUGUGGAAGAAAUGAAUAGGAUUAAGAAAUAUAAGCACAUUAGAGUAAAACUGUUCUAACAAAAUAAAUAGUAUGGUCCUCCCCCUUAUAUGCUAACGCCAUGCCUUUGUAUUUCUCCCUAAGUUAUUUAUUUAAUAGGAUGUUAAAUAUCUUUCUUCUCUCUCUUUUUUUUGUUUGUUUGUUUGAAGGAGUUUCUUGGUUGCUUCCUAUUGCUUAAUUUUUCUUUUCCUCUUCUCAGUAUUUUGUACAAAAAUGACCAGGUCAGAUGUCAACAGCUUAUACAAGUCUCUAAGAAAAAAAAUUGAUAAGGCUUAAAGGAAAAUGUAGAAUUGUGGUUAGUGCUUAACCCCCCCCCACCUUUUCCCCCUUCUUCACCUCUUGAAACUCAAUUUUGUUUUAAUUUUGCACUUAACAGGAUCAGAUAUGCAUGGAAAUUGCAACAUGAACUGUUCCCCCCAUAGGAACACAACUUUCCAUAAUUCAUCAUCUGAAGAGUCUUGCUGCUAUUUUGAAGUGGACAGAGUUGAACUAGUCCUCAGAUGUGUGUUUAUCUCCUAAUUAUUUCAGUGUAAUGCCUGAUCUCAAAGAUAUUGAAAUUUAAUCAGCGCUAUUUGCCUUAACAUAUCCUUAAUUCGUGGGAUCAUGUAUUUUCAGAGUAAUGCUGAGAUAAGUCUAUGGAGUAGCUAACAUCUGAGGUAAUAAUUUGCCUUUUCCUCUCACCCUAAAAAACAGAGCAAAAAAAGAGCUAAAUCCUAUGAUAUUUUGACUGCAGUCAGUAUCUUUCAGAAUAGCCCUGACUGGUGUUGUGUUGAAAUUUGCAACCUCAGCCAGAAGAACCAUUCUCUUUAACUUGAGGCAUUUUCAAAUGUUACACGAGAGUUGAGGAAAGAAAAAUGGAAAUGAAUUCCUUUUCUCGUGCCACACUGAAAAGUGGAAUUUGUACAUAUACCUCUGAUAAGAUGGCUGUGUUUCAUACGUUAGUACAGCUCACAUUCACUUCGGGGGGGGAAGCAUGUUCCAAAGAGAAGAUGCCUACACCAUAUGUGCUCUAUUCAAACGUUAUGCCUGGAAGAGUGAAAGGCAAAGUGGACAGGGAGAUAUAACGAAGCAUGCACAUCCUGCUCCUAUAUCCCAGCACAACUCUGAAGUAAAGCAGGCUUUCACAUAUUCAAUGCAAAUGCCUCUCCAGGUGCUUACAACACUCCUCUGAUGAAGAACUAUGAUAAGGGAGGUCUUUCAAUCAGAAGAAUAAUACUGUAUAGCAUAUUCAGUUGGAGGUGCAUACAAGUGCUUCUGCAGGCCUUCACAUGAAACACAUGAAGAUGCGCCUUACUUCAGGGUGGAUUUUUUUGGGGGGGUGGGAAGGUAGCAGGUGGGGGCUUACAUGUGCUUCAUCCAACUAUAAUCUUUCACAUUUUCAGGCAAAGUGCAUGAAUAAAACUAUAGUGUUUGGAAGUGCCUUAAAACUCUGUCAUAUUAGCUUAGGAUGUCAUACACCUACUAUUAACAGCAAAUGACAGAUGUUAGUCCUAGAUACUAUUACAGACUUACAGCUAAAACUCGAAAUAUUAUUUGCUGAAGAUAAAAGUGCAAACUGAGCAAUAGAUACAUGUAUUUUCCAUCACAUGAGUGUGCAAGCCAUCAAAUAUGUAUUUCUAUUCCUCAGAGAAAUGGUGGCUCAAAAAGUGAAUGUUGGGUAUUCAGUAGAGAAAUCUUUCACGCCAAAUGAGAAACAACCUUUAAAAAAACCGGAGGUCUUUAUCAGCAAAAACAAAUAUGUGUUUCAUGCUCCUCUUUCACAGUACUGUGCUGGUUAGGAGCUUUAAUUUUGUCUCUGAAACAUAAAAGGGAAAGAGUUCAUCUACAUCAGACCAUUUAAAAAUACUUUUAAAUCUCUCAUUGAUUCACUGAUUGCUUUUACAGUGGUGCCUCGCAUGACAACGUUAAUUCGUUCCACGAAAAUCGCUGUAAA